AUGCGUCGUAUUUUAGUUAUUUUGCUUCUUCUUAGUAUUCUUGCUGAAUGUAAAAAACACAAAAAGGUUGUCGAAGAAAAAGUUGAAGAAGAAGAGGAGGAGGAGGAGGAGGAAGAUUACGAAGAAAUUUGUCCAUUCCCUUGGCAAACACACGAACAGAACGUUUUGGCUCAGUAUUCUAUGUGUUCGGAAGUUCUUCAUCAAGGUGUGAAAUGUACCCCCAAUGACCCCAUUGAGUGUACCGGUCGAAAUCCCAUUUGUACAUUUUCAAAAUUAACAAAUGAUCAUCGAUGUUGCGCUGACGUUCCACAGGAUCUUAAUAAUCCUCCUGGUGUUCCUGAACAAGUCAAACCAAUCUGCCCCUAUGGGGCUUCGUCCUAUGAUUUGCCUUCCGUGCUCUUGUGUGACCCAACAGAAGAAAAAGCAUGCCCCGAUGAUUAUUCAUGUGAACAGGCCGUAAAUCAUCAAAUGCUUACAACAUACAAUAUGCAUUUAUGCUGCAAAACCACUACACUCGAUUCUUUCGAAAAUGUAUUCUAUGAAACUAAAGUAGGAAUCAACAAAAUGUCAUCGAAUCUAUCGAUGCCAAUAUUUUAUGUAACCUCGUUGUCUCCUUCAAUUAUCCCUAAUGCACCCGGAGGCGGAAUUGACUAUGUCGUAUUAAACGAGUUCGUGCCAAAUAAAAAUGCACAUAUGCCUGAAAUUCGCACUGGUGAUCACUUUGCAAUGUUACCAUAUCGAUUUCGAGAACCAGUGGUACUUUUUCACGAACAAAUGCCGUCAUUUUUCUUCCAUGUUCUUGUUUUCUUUAAUCCUCAUGGAAAUCCGGAAUCAAUGAACCUCUAUUAUAAUAGACCGUCAUCUUUGUCUCGAGAAAUUGACCUAUCAGUCCCAGUUUGGGAUGAAGGUGUAUUUUUUAGAAAUAUGAAUCGUGUGUUAACAAUUCAAUCAGAUCAGACUUCUUCAAGGCAAAUUCGGCGGUUGUACAUAGUAUUGGUAUUUAAAACGAAAUUCCGAAUAACUAAACGAAAUCCGCAAGUUUGGAAUGAUUUCCACGCUAAUUACACAUCAUUCACCGAAUUUUUGAGCACUGAAACUGGAAAGCAACUUGGAACACCAAUCGCAGGUUCAUAUUAUUACGUGAGUCAAUUUUUCUGA